UAACAAUUAUUCUUAGAAAGCAUUGAAAAAGAUAGAUGCCUAACAUAACCUAUAACAAACAAAAUGUGUUGUAAAAGUAAAAGCACGAAAACGUGCUAAUAUAAAUAUACUGCAAAAUUGUAGAAAUAGAAUGGUUUUACAAAACGUUAGCAGUAAUUUAAUUAAAAUUAUUAGUAAUGUAUGUACUAGACAAAAUGAAUGGAGUAGCAACAAAUGUGCUCAAAGAUUGUAUAUGGCAUUGCCACGGCUUACACCACAGGAGGUUACAGCAGUCUUACAAGCUAAUGAAUAUACCAAAGAAUUUAAUGAGCAAAACUCUGUAAAGUAUUAUGAUUCAAAUCAAUUAGCAUCCAAUAAUCCUAUUGAAGAUACUCGAUCAGAAGCUCAAUGUUUAUUUACAAAAGGAAUAUUAUUAGGUGUGUUUGAUGGUCAUGGAGGAGGUACAUGUGCACAAAUUAUUUCAAAAAGACUUUUUCAUUAUAUAUCAGCAUGUUUAUUACCCACAAAAUUAUUAAAACAAUAUCUUAAUACAAUUAAUUCCAAUAAUAAAAUAGAACUUCUUCAAACAUUCAAUGACAAAGUGGAAUUUAUUUCUGAAAUUAAAGAACUUUAUCAAACAAGUUUUUUAACUUUUGUAAAAGAUUUAAUAGAAAUGGAAUAUACAAAAGAAUUUCAAAUGGAAACAGCUCUAGAGAAGGCAUUUCUCAGAUUAGAUAAUGAUUUGUCAAAUGAAGCACUUUUAAAUUUAGGUAAAAGUAAUAAUGCUAUAACUCUUGAUGUUGCAAUGUCUGGUGCUGUAGCAGUUGUUGCACACAUAGAUGGUCCACAUCUUCAUGUCACUGGAGUAGGAGAUUGCCAAGCAGUACUUGGUAUACUUUCUGAAAAUGAUGUUUGGACUGCAAAAUUAAUGACCGUUGAACACAAUACUGAUAAUCGAGCAGAAGUUGAAAGAAUUUUAUCAGAGCAUCCAUCUAAUGAAAAAUCGACUGUAAUUAAAAUGGAAAGACUUCUUGGACAAUUAGCGCCUCUUCGUUCUUUGGGUGAUUUUCGUUAUAAAUGGAGUAAAAAGAUUUUAAAAGAAGUAGUGGUACCAUAUUUUGGCGAAGCAGUAAUUCCACCAAAUUAUCAUACCCCUCCAUAUUUAACAGCGAAACCAGAAGUUAAAUAUCAUAGAUUAACACCUAGAGAUAAAUUUCUUAUAAUAGCCAGUGAUGGUUUGUGGGAUUUAAUGUCACCCUUACAAGCUGUACGUUUAGUAGGUGAACAUAUGAGCGGAAAAGUAACAUUAAAUCCAUUAAAAUUACCUCGUAAAAAUAUGAAAUUAUCAGAAAUACAUAAAAUGUUAUUGCAACGUAAAGAGGGAUUAAAAAAAAAACCUCUCGAUAAUAAUGCAGCAACGCAUUUAUUACGAAACGCACUCGGUGGAACGGAAUAUGGUAUAGAUCAUAUUAAGUUAUCACAAUUAUUAACGUUACCAAGAGAAGUAGUACGAAUAUUUCGUGAUGAUAUUACAAUAACGGUGGUUUAUAUGAAUUCUGAAUUUUUAAGACACUGCCCUCCAUAAAUUUGUAGAGAAAUUUCUCAUUACAUUUAUAAGAUCUUUUACAAUUUCCAUUAUUUCUAAGUAUUUUAAAGAAAUUAAAAAAAUUAAUCUUCUAUCGUGUACAGCUUGUUAUUUAUUUAAUUAACAAUAAAAACAAUUUACAUGAAAA